ACUCUGGAAUCAUGGCGGGGAAACCCAAGCUGCACUACACCAAGGGAAGGGGGAAGAUGGAGUCAAUCCGGUGGCUGUUAGCAGCAGCUGGGGUUGAGUUUGAGGAAGAAUUCAUAGAAACGAAGGAAGACUUAGAAAAAUUACGCAAAGAUGGAUCCCUGCUGUUCCAGCAAGUGCCCCUGGUGGAGAUGGAUGGGAUGAAGAUGGUGCAGACCAGAGCCAUCCUCAGCUACAUAGCAGGGAAAUACAACCUCUAUGGGAAGGACCUGAAGGAGAGAGCCUGGAUUGAUAUGUAUGUGGAGGGAACAACAGACCUGAUGGGAAUGAUCAUGUAUCUUCCUUUUCAACCAGCUGACUCAAAAGAAAAGCAUCUUGCCUUAAUCAUUGAACGAGCUACAACAAGGUACUUUCCUGUUUAUGAAAAGGCCUUAAAAGAUCAUGGGCAAGACUAUCUUGUUGGCAACAAACUAAGCUGGGCAGACAUCCAUCUGCUGGAAGCCAUUUUAAUGGCAGAAGAAUGUAAGCCUGAUAUACUGGCUGCGUUCCCUCUGCUACAGGCUUUUAAAGGAAGAACAAGCAACGUUCCAACAAUCAAAAAAUUCUUGCAGCCUGGCAGCCAGAGGAAGCCACGACCAGAUGAGAACUAUAUGGCCACUGUGAGGAAAAUAUUCAAUAUCUAGUCAUGUGCCUGCUGAAGAUAACACAACUGCAGUAUAGCAGCAGAGCUGUGCCUUAUAAGCAUAAAGUGCAUAGAUGUAUCUUGUAGCUUGCAUGAUACAGCCAAUGACACAAUAAUCACUGAGACAGAAUAUACUUUUAAAUUAGAAUAAAAGGCUCAUUUAGACCUGUUGAGUCCAUAAAUUGGUAUUUUGUGGAACAGUUACAUGAAAUAAAAUAUGCUGAUACU